AGUGCGAACAGGAAGAACAAAGUCUUCGUAAAAUCAAGAACACUGUUAAAGUGUUUCUUGUGUUUCGUACCAAAAGGAGUAAAGUGUUGAUGCACAUGUUGUCAUUCCAAUUCCAUCGUUUCUCCAAUAUAAAAAAUGAACGUUAUGCCGUUGGUAUUCUCUGUCGUUGAUGUAGUCCCCGUGGGCGUCUGUAAUGUCGACAGUGGCCCCGGGAAUGGAACCCAUGAGCGAUGGAGAGCUCACGGAAAGGAUGGCCAAACACAUGUCACAUGGCAGAGCAGCCGUUGGGCAGUGUUCCGUUUCCGCGGCAUCUGCUGCAAGGAGGAGAGGACUAUGAACAUGUUGUGAAUCUUCCUUAUCGACGAGAUUUACCCGGAACAGGGAAAGUCUCGACGAUUCUCGGCAAGCGUACACCUGCCCAGCAAAGUUUUUGAUGAAAUGAGGCAGGGGGGCACGUCACCCCAGUCCCAGACAUGCCCACGACCAGCACCCAGUUCCUCUAAAUAUGGGUGCUGCUUGUUCCUAAUUGUCUUCUUCCUGUUGAUUGAAACUACUCCUGUUCCUGGAAGGAGAUGCGAUCGACUUUGCUCUUGAAGUUGAUAAAAUUCAGGGAAUUUGGGUUGCGGAGAACAUCUUUCCGAUUUACUGAAUUAAUUGCUCCUGUCUUUCGAUGUUUGGGCUCUUGAUAACGAGGGGACUGGAUUUGUUGUCAAUCGAGUUCUGGAGAAUCCAAGACCUCAGCAGUACUAGUAAAGUACCUCUCGUCGCCAGCUUCCCCUCUUCGACAGCAGCAUGUGCAAGGACUUCCUCGCCAGAUGGAGUUGAUGCGGAUACUCGGGAUCUGGAACUAGGGGACAUAGAUGUCGCGGCUUGUGUGUCAUUGGCCGCAGCUGGUCGUGUCAUUCUUGUUAUGGAAAAUCUUCUGUCUAGUCACUACUAACGCUAAGAUAAUAGAUAUUCCUCCGUCCGACGCUAGGAACGCAGUUACUUUAAAAGACGUCUAACUCUGAGCUCGUGAAAUCGCAGUCUCUACAAACUUGAUGUCGUUGCGGAAGAGGCGUUGCACUAUGCAGUACAGCAUUCCACAGGCUUGGGCCUGCACCGUGUUGAUG